AUGGACUGCUUUCGACAAAUCUUUCGGUGCCUCAAGGGCCCGUUCAGACGCGAGAAGGGGAGGGUCAUUGAAAUUGGUCCCCCAACCAACUUCCGAAAGGAAGAAUUGCCUGCUUGCUUCUCUGAUGCCGAGUCAGUCCUAUCGCCCAUUCUUCAAAAUCCGACGGAGCGAUCGAAUCUGACGAAUCAAUCACAGUACGCUGACGUCCCAGAAAAGCUACACGGCGACCGCGGAGAAGGACGGAACAACCAUCGAGAUGGUAUCUCUACCGACAUCCACGAAGAGCAAGGUACAGGGCCGUGUUCGAAGGAUGAGCGUGAGACUGUCACAAUCCGGCUCCGAGAGCGCUUGAGGUUAUCACGAGCGAGGAAACCGAACACCGAUACAGGCCAUGAGAUAAAGGCCCCAGUCGAAACGAUCAAGGCGGAGGAAGUACGAACAGCCGAACUGGCUUGUUCGGAGGAUUAA